GCGGCGCCCGCGCCGGGGCGGCGGAGAAAGGCCCGGAGCACCGCGGCCCGAGGCAGCGGAGCGACCACCGAGCGGCCGCCGCGAGCGCCGCCGCGGGACCCGGGCGGCGGGCCCGACGACCCGGGGCCGGACCACCACCGCGAGCGAGAGGGGGCACGGCGGAAACGGGGCGAGGGGCAAGGGGAGCGGGACAAGCGCGCCGCGCCCGCGCCGGGGGCACGCGCGGGACCAAGGGAGGAGCACCGCAAGCAAAACACCCGGAAGCGGAACGCCCGGAAGGAACCCGACGGCGGGAGGAAGGGAGGGAAGCGGACCCCGCGAACGCGGGCCGACGAGGACCACCCGGGGAGACGGGCCGCCCGCAGAAGCAGGAAGGCCGCCGGAACAGGACGACGGACGGACCCGGCGGGAACCGCGGGGGGCCGAGCAGAGGAGGCGCGCCCGCGAGGCGGGGACCCGCGGAGCGGCCCGGGAGCGGGCCCGCGGAGCGCGGCCCCCGGGGCCGCGCGAGGAAGAGGCGCCAGGGAGCGGGCAGGGGCAACGACAGCAAGAAAGGAACGGCCGGCAGAAACGAAAGCGCGGGCGACCCGCAGACGGGACCGCAACCCACGGACAAAACAACGAACGCGCGCCGCCGCCGGGGGAGGAGCAGGGGAGCAGGGCGAGACAACGCAGGAAGCGCGGCGCGGACGGGAGACGGGCAGAGGGCCCGGCGCCAAGCGGGAGAACGGAGCACGAAGCCGAGCCCGGACGCGCCGGGGCAGGAACCGAGCGAAGAAAGCCGCGGAGAACGCACGCCAAGAGACAGGAGGCGAGCCAACGGGCCGGGACGCGCGAGACGAGCGCCACCACGCCGGGCGGCCCACGAAACGGAGGAGCAGGGAAGGCGGCGCCGCGCGACGCCAAGAGGCCGAAGGACGGAGCGGCGCCGGACAAGGGAGCGGGAACGCGGAGGCAGCCGCCCCCAGCGCCCCGGAGAAAGCGGCGGGGCCAACCGCGGGAAGACCCCGAGCAGCGGCGGCGGCGCAGGGGCAGCGCCCCGGCCGGAAGGCGGACACGACGCACAGGAACGGGGGCGGCGGAACCGCGGGGGCCGCGGCGGCAGGCGGACCCGGCGGCGCGGGAGCGGGGGCGGGGGCGGCGGGGGCGGGGGGGGCCGGGCGCAGCGCCCCAAGAGCGGCGAGGAGCGGAGGCAGAGAGCAGGAAGAGCAGGAGCGGCAGCGGCAGCGGGGGCAGGGGGGGCGGGGGGGCCCCGGCCCACCGGCGGGGGAGGGACAGAGGCGGCCGGAGGCGCCGCCGCCCGAGCGCGGGCGGGGGCGACGGCCCGGCCGCGACCGCGGGGCGGCGGCGACCCCAAACGGAGGCGCGGCCGGCAGACCCGGGGGCGCCACCCCGGGCCGGCCACCGCGCGAGCGAGCCAGCCGGCGAAAGAGGGAAACAAGGGAGAGGCCAGAAACCAAGAAGACACACGAGGCACGAAAGCGAAACAAAAGAGGAAAGGGCCGAAGACAGCCGGGAGCCGCCCGAAGAGAAGGACGGACGGCGCCGCACCGAGCCGCAGGACGCGACGAGACGGGAGCGCGGGACAAGGGAGACCGAGAAACCGGGGGCGCGGAGACCAACGGGGCACGACCCGAGGGCGCAAGGCAGGAGGGCACCGACGAGAACCCACCAGGAGGGAAGCCAACCCGGAACCCGGAACAACAAGGAAGGGGGCGGAGGGGAGAAACGAAACAAGAGGAGGCAAAGAACAAGAGAAACAGGCGGAAGCAAACCAAAAACAGAGAGACAAAGAAAGAGCCCGCCCAGAACCGGGAAGGCACGAGGACAGAGCGACGAACAAAAGGAGGACAAGGCCCAAAAGGGACAACAGAGACGGGACGGGCGCGAAAGGGAAAAGACAAGGCGAGAGAGACAGAGGGAGACGGAAAGAGGACAAAACGGCGGGGGCGCACGCCCGGCGCCGAGCAGGCGGCGCCAAGCGCGAGCAACGCGGGCGACGAGGGCCCGGACCGGCAGCACGAAAGAGAGGCAGAGCGGAGCAGGAGGACCAAAACAACAGGGACCCAGGAGGCAGCAGAGGCCGACGGAACGGGAAAAGGAAAGGCAAGAGGAAAAGAAGGAAGAAACAAACCGAGGGCAAGAACGGAAAGCGAAGAACAAGGGAAGGCACACGAGGGGAAAAGAACGAACGAAAGGAAGCGAGAAGCGAACGACACCGAACGGGACCCCCAGAAGCCCAGAAGGGACACGCGGGCGCAAGGAAAGAAAAACCCGAACGGACCCCCAGAAGCCCGACGAGGACACAGAAGAACGAGAACGAAAGAGAAGGGCAGAAAAGAACCCAAGAACGAAGAACAGCAAACCAGAACCGCAACCCGAAGGAGGAGAAGCGGACAGGACGGAGGCCGGACCGCGAACCGGAGGCGCACAAGAAAGAGCCAAGGAAGCAAGCACAAAGAGCAAGGAGAGGAGGCCGGAACGCGAACCGGAGGCGCGAGAGAAGGAGCGGGGAAAGAGAGGCCGGACCGGAAACCGGAGGCGCGAGAGAAGGAGCGGGGCAAGAGAGGCCGGACCGGAAACCGGAGGCGCGAGAAAGGGCCAAGGGAGCGGCGGAAAGAGGCCAAGCGAGCCAGACGCAGAAGGGCCAGGGAACGCCGGCCAACGAGCCAAGCAAGGGAAGGCCGGGGAACCAAAGCGAAAAGCAAAGGCAAACCGCGAAGGAGAACGAGGGGCGCCGAGGAACGCGGGAAGCCGGAACAGCGGGGAAAAGAAGGAGAACGAAAGGCGGAGCAAGCGGAGGCCGAACGAAGGCCCAAACGAGCAGACGCAAGGCGGCGACACCAGGCGACAGGGAGCGAAGGCGGCCGAGCGACGGCGGGGCAAAACGAAGGCCGAGGGGAGCCGAAGAAGGGAGGGCGAAGGCAAGCCCGAGGCAAACCGAAACGAAGGCCCAACAGGCGGCAAAGAAACAAGAAGGAAGCAGGCAAGCCGCCACAGAGCGAGGAGGGGCCGGGAAGAACACAAAGCAGGCGCACAGGGACCCGAGAAGGCCCGAAAGAGGCCGAAAACAGGAGGGCGGAACACCGAGGCAAGAGGCAAGAACGACCCAACCCAAAGCCCAACGAAGCAACAGGCAGGCACAGGCGCGAGCGCAAGCGAAGAGAGGAAAACCGGAGCCGACCGGGAGGCCAGCACACGCGCGCCAAAAGCACGGCCGGAGCGGCCCGGGGAACGGCCGCGAAACGCGGCCCCGCGAGCAAAAAGAGGAGCACAACGGAAGACGGGCGGGGAGACACCAAAAGCACAACAAACGGAGACGGGGCAAGGGGGAGGCAAAACGGAAAGCGGGGGACCCGCACAGGAAAGGCGAAAGGAACCCCAAAAGGGGGCCGAACCAGGGCCCCAGCGCAGGGCCCAAAAGGGGACACAAGGCGGGGCGCGGGAACAACACAAGAGCAACAAGCAACGAAAACCCAAGGGGCGCAAAAAGAGAAAGGGGACAGCAGCGAAGGCAGCGGAGGACCAAAAAGGGCGAGCGACAGGAAAAGCGAACAACACCACAAGGGGCGCCGCGAAAAACCACGCAAGAGAGCCGCAAAAAGCACCAAAAGCGGAGCGAAAAGGGCGAAGAAAACAAGGCGCAAAAAGGCCAAAAGCAAGCGCACAAAAAGGGGCGGGCAGCAGGGGGGGCGAAAAGGACCGCAAACGGGGACGCCAAAGCACGAGCCGAGCGCACCAACACGGGGGCCGCGAAAAAGCGCACAACGGAGCCGGGGGAGCACCCAAAGCGGGGAGAGAGGAGAGAGAGAGGAGGGGGGAAGGGGGAAAGGGGCGGAGGGCGGCAAGGAGGGCAGAAAGCGGCAAGGGCCAAAACGGAAAACGCCGACGGGGGGCGCCGAGCGCGGGCGGAACCCCGGGCACGCAAACGAGAGAGGCAACCAGACCAAAGGCGAGAGGCCAGACGCAACGGCCAGGCGAAAGGCCAGCAGAGGGCAGGGCGAGAAAAAGGGGGCCCACGGCCAAAAGCCAGGGAAGGCAAAACCCACAAAAGGGCGCGGAAGAGAGCGAAAACCGCCAGACACAAAAGAAGGGCAAGCGAGACCAAACGCGACAGGCCGGAGCGAACCACGCGGACGAAGGCGCAGCCGAGCGCGGGACGCAAAGGGGGACCAAAGGCAAACGGAGGCGGAAACGGAAAGGGAAAACGCCGAAGCGCACCGACGCACACGGAAAACCGCGGGAGGCAGGGCGACCAGGCGACGAGCCGAAAAGGACCCGGCCGGAGCGGAGGAAAGCGGCAGAAGGGGAGGCCGAGGGCAGCGGCGGGAACGGGGAGCGAAAAGGAGCGGGCAAGGGGCAGAAGCGCCAAAACACAAAAACGCGCACCAAGACCAAACGAACGACCAGGGGACCGAACGGGCAGGCCCAGCAAGGCAGAAAGGACGGGGGGCGCGAGAGGAACGCGCGAAACGACACACAGAAGGCAAGACACAGAAAGGACCAAGAGGGGCAGGACAAGAGCCACGACGAAAAAGGACGGGCGGCCGCGAAAGAAAGGAGCAAGAAGGACCGGAAGCGCAAACAAGCGGGAAACGGCGCGCGCAGCGCCGGCGCGGGCGCCCAGGGAGCCGCCGCGACGGGACGAGGCCGCCAACGGACCGGAACAACAGGAAGGGCGCGCGAGCGCAAGGCCGCACAGCGCGGGCGAGAAGGGCAACGGGCGCCGCGACAAAGGGCAAACGAGCAGCCAACGCGACGGCAGCAGACGGGAGCACAGGGAGCAGCAGGAACAGACCGCCGCAGCAGCGAAACAGGAAACACGGGGGGAGGGCGGAAAAGACGGGAGGGAGGGCCAACGCAGAAGCAACCGCCCCAACGGGCCGGAGGAGCGCAAAAGGCCCAAGGACCGGGGGCGAAGCGGGCCCCGCCGCCCAAACCGCAGCACGCCCGGCAGGGGCGACACACGGAGGAAGACCCGGCACCAACAGAGAAGCGCAAAGGGCGACGCCGCGGAGCCGCAGAACGCGGGGGCCGACGCGGAGCCGGCCGGAGCCGAGCCGGAAGCACCCGCACCGGAGCCAGGGCCGCCGGAAGCAAAGCGGGACCACGCGGCCGAGGCGCGGGAGACGCAAACCAACCAACGGGAGAGCGACAACGCCGACCAGAGAAGGCCGCAAACGGGGCCAGCGGAAGACGAGAGGGGAGCGGGGGGGACGCAAACGCCGCCAAAGGCAAGAACGGGGCCCACGGACCGCCAAAAGCCAGAACACAGGCCCGCAACAGAGCCGCAAGGACCGGAAGAGGACGCGCGGACGGACCAGCCGGCGGGGGGGAAAGGGGGGCGAAGGGGGACACGGGGCCCAACGCCGCCGGAAAAGCCCGCCAAAAGCGGGAAGGGAACGGGGAACCCCGAGCGGAAAGGAGAGAAACAGGCACACCAGGAAGACGAACGACCGCCCGAAGAGAGAGACGAGCCAACCGCGCAGCACGGAAGGAGGAGGAACAGGAAGGAAGGGGCGGACGGGGGCAAGCGAGCCACGAGGACCCAAAGGCGGGCAACACCGCGAGAAGGCCGAGGCAACCCCACAACGAAGCCAGAGGGAGACGCGCCCACGGCCACGCGGAAGGGGAAGCGCGGGAACGCGCCACCAGGCCGCAAAGGCGCGGCCGGGACCGGCGGGCAGCACAAGCAACGGGAAACAAAGGCAACAAGAGCGCGCCGCAGGCCACGCCACCAGGAAGGCGGCCGCAAAGCACGAGACAGCGGCGCGGGGCCCGGAGGGAGAGAGGAGCGAGACGCAGGGGCCGCAGAAAGGAGCAACGGGAGCAAAGCGCCAACGCGCGGAACACAGAGGCGGCCGGCAAAGGGCAACACGCCAGCAGGAGCGAAGGGAGCCGGACCACCAGCACCCGCGAACACGCGAGCGCGAAGGGCCACCAAGGAGCAGCCGCAAACGGGCAACCACGGAGCCGAGCAAGCAAAGAAGACGGAACGCCCAGAAAGGCCAAGACGCGGCGAGAAGCGGAGAGAGCCAACCGAACCAGGCGAGGAGCGAAGGACGGAAGGGCCAAAGCGAAGGGGCGCGCCGCAACAGAGAAGAAGGCGAGACGACCCAGACGCACGGCCGGCCGGCGCAAGGCGGCCGCGACCACAGGCGCCGGGCCCGGAGGAGAGAGAAGAGAGAGGGCGGAGGCCGGCAGGAGCGCAAGCCAACGACGCGGCCGCGAAGGAAGGGCCCGCGGGCGCAGGAGGGACGGAAGACGCCGAGGAGCGGGAGAGAGCGCACAGCGAACGCCAGACAAGGAGGGCCGCCAAAGCGGAAGCGCGAAAACGACCGCCGCCAACGCCAAGGCAGGAGGGGGGAGGGGCGCGCAGGAGCGGAAGCGGCCGCGAGGCAGAAGCAAGAACCCGGCCCGGCGGCAGCAAGACACAACCCAAACCAACGCCGGAGGCGGCACAAGAAACGGGGAAGCCCGCACCCGCAACGGGAAGAGGCAAGAGAGGAGCGGGGGCAAGAACGCGGGAGCCGCAAAAAGCGCGCCGCACACGCCGCGGACCAAACAAAGGGAACAGCAACACGAGGCAAGCGAGGCAACGGGGCGGCAAGAGGAGAAAAGCCCGCAACAAAGCGGCGGGAAGAGCCGGCGAGGCCGACGAAGCGCCGAAGCGCAGGAACGGAGGGGGCCGGGCCAAGCACGAAGAGCCGCAAGCGGCGCCGGAGCAACCCGAAGACCCGCCGGGGACACCACGGGCCCCAAGAAGGCGACAGACGCAAGCCAAAACGCGCACGGGGAGAACGGGGCAGAAAGCCGCGGAGCGCGCAAAGGCGGGAGCACGAGCCGCAAAGGCGGCGCAGGCGCACGCCGGCGCCGCGAGGAGACCAGGAGGGCAGCAAGGAAGACGAGGACAAAGAAAGCAAGGGAGGGCCGGAACACACGGGGCAGCAAGGCCAGGAAGGCAGCAGGGGCAGGAGGCAACCCAAACGACAGCACCAAGAACGCAGAAGGGCCAGAACGGGGCCGAAAGGCAGGCGGAGGGAGGGCGGCGGCCCGAAGCCGCAGCGGAGGGGACCCGGACCGCAAGCAAGCGGAGAAAACACGGCGCACCCGGAAGCGGAGCAAACAAAGCAGCAAGACGAGGCAGGGGGAACGGGGCGGCACCGGCACCGGGGGCAGCGGCCGGGAGGCAAGACACAGCCGCAGAGGCCCGGCCGGCGGCGGCACAAACAGAACAGGAGCACCCCAAGGCGACACACGCGACGGAGAAACCCCGGACCGAAGAGAGCCGCGAACGGACACGGAGCGCCCGAAGCGCGGCAGGAGCCAGCCGGGAAGGCGGAAGAGAAAGAGGACGGGGGGCGGGCGCCAAAGCGAGGGCAAAAGCAAGGGCACGAGCGGGAGGGAGGCCAGGGAGGGCGGGAGGGAACACAGCGGCAAACGCGCGAACCACAGGAACGGAGGCAACGGAAGAGCCCGCCCGACGCACAGCGCGCACAGAAGCCAAAGAAGCGAAACACCCAGAAGCAACCAACCGGCGAGCCCGCAGAAAAGAGAGGAGCCCGGGCGGGGGGGACGAGAAGCACCCGGCCACAACACGGGGGAAAGGCCAGGCAGGGCGAAGGAACAGGCGGGGCGGAGCAAGCCAAGACCGCAGGGGAGGGGAGAACCAGGCCAGGCCCAAAAGCACAGCAAAAGCAACCAGAGCGAGCAGAAGAAGAGCAACGGAGGAGCACAACCCGGGAGAGGCACGAAGCAAGACGCAAGAGCGGAGCCACGACGAAGGACGCACCCACCGGGGCGAAACAGGAACGGGCGCGGCCAAAGACGCAGACCGCAGACCCAAGCGAGGAGCAAAAGAAACAGAGACAGACGAGAAGGGGACCCGGGAGCAAAGAAGAGGGAGCAGGCGGAGGGCAGAAGAAAAGCGGACCGGGGAGAACAGCGGCAGAGGCCGCAGCCGGGCCCGCGCCGGGGCGGCGGAGAAAGGGCCCGGAGCACCGCGGCCCGAGGCAGCGGAGCGACCACCGAGCCGGCCGCCGCGAGCGCCGCCGCGGGGACCCGGGCGGCGGGCCCGACGACCCGGGGCCGGACCACCACCGCGAGCGAGAGGGGGCACGGCGGAAACGGGGCGAGGGGCAAGGGGAGCGGGGACAAGCGCGCCGCGCCCGCGCCGGGGGCACGCGCGGGACCAAGGGGAAGGAGCACCGCAAGCAAAACACCCGGAAGCGGAACGCCCGGAAGGAACCCGACGGCGGGAGGAAGGGAGGGAAGCGGAGCCCCGCGAACGCGGGCCGGACGAGGACCACCCGGGGGAGACGGGCCGCCCGCAGAAGCAGGGAAGGCCGCCGGAACAGGACGACGGGACGGACCCGGCGGGAACCGCGGCGGGGCCGAGCAGAGGAGGCGCGCCCGCGAGGCGGGGACCCGCGGGAGCGGCCCGGGGAGCGGGCCCGCGGAGCGCGGCCCCCGGGGGCCGCGCGAGGAAGAGGCGCCAGGGAGCGGGCAGGGGCAACGACAGCAAGAAAGGAACGGCCGGCAGAAACGAAAGGCGCGGGGGCGACCCGCAGACGGGACCGCAACCCACGGACAAAACAACGAACGCGCGCCGCCGCCGGGGGAGGAGCAGGGGAGCAGGGCGAGACAACGCAGGGAAGCGCGGCGCGGACGGGAGACGGGCAGAGGGCCCGGCGCCAAGCGGGAGAACGGAGCACGAAGCCGAGCCCGGACGCGCCGGGGCAGGAACCGAGCGAAGAAAGCCGCGGAGAACGCACGCCAAGAGACAGGAGGCGAGCCAACGGGCCGGGACGCGCGAGACGAGCGCCACCACGGCCGGGCGGGCCCACGAAACGGAGGAGCAGGGAAGGCGGCGCCGCGCGACGCCAAGAGGCCGAAGGACGGGAGCGGCGCCGGACAAGGGAGCGGGAACGCGGAGGCAGCCGCCCCCAGCGCCCCGGAGAAAGCGGCGGGGCCAACCGCGGGAAGACCCCGAGCAGCGGCGGCGGCGCAGGGGCAGCGCCCCGGCCGGGAAGGCGGACACGACCGCACAGGAACGGGGGGCGGCGGAACCGCGGGGGCCGCGGCGGCAGGCGGACCCGGCGGCGCGGGAGCGGGGGCGGGGGCGGCGGGGGCGGGGGCCGGGCGCAGCGCCCCAAGAGCGGCGAGGAGCGGAGGCAGGAGAGCAGGAAGAGCAGGAGCGGCAGCGGCAGCGGGGGCAGGGGGGGCGGGGCGGGCCCCGGCCCACCGGCGGGGAGGGACAGAGGCGGCCGGAGGCGCCGCCGCCCGAGCGCGGGCGGGGGCGACGGCCCGGCCGCGACCGCGGGGCAGCGGCGACCCCAAACGGAGGCGCGGCCGACAGACCCGGGGGCGCCACCCCGGGCCGGCCACCGCGCGAGCGAGCCAGCCGGCGAAAGAGGGAAACAAGGGAGAGGGCCAGAAACCAAGAAGACACACGAGGCACGAAAGCGAAACAAAAGAGGAAAGGGGCCGAAGGACAGCCGGGAGCCGCCCGAAGAGAAGGACGGACGGCGCCGCACCGAGCCGCAGGACGCGACGAGACGGGAGCGCGGGACAAGGGAGACCGAGAAACCGGGGGCGCGGAGACCAACGGGGCACGACCCGAGGGCGCAAGGCAGGAGGGCACCGACGAGAACCCACCAGGAGGGAAGCCAACCCGGAACCCGGAACAACAAGGAAGGGGGCGGAGGGGAGAAACGAAACAAGAGGAGGCAAAGAACAAGAGAAACAGGCGGAAGCAAACCAAAAACAGAGAGACAAAGAAAGAGCCCGCCCAGAACCGGGAAGGCACGAGGACAGAGCGACGAACAAAAGGAGGACAAGGCCCAAAAGGAGACAACAGAGACGGGACGGGCGCGAAAGGGAAAAGACAAGGCGAGAGAGACAGAGGGAGACGGAAAGAGGACAAAACGGGGGGGCGCACGCCCGGCGCCGAAGCAGGCGGCGCCAAGCGCGAGCAACGCGGGCGACGAGGGCCGGACCGGCAGCACGAAAGAGAGGCAGAGCGGAGCAGGAGGACCAAAACAACAGGGACCCAGGAGGCAGCAGAGGCCGACGGAACGGGAAAAGGAAAGGCAAGAGGAAAAGAAGGAAGAAACAAACCGAGGGCAAGAGCGGAAAGCGAAGGAACAAGGGAAGGCACACGAGGGGAGAAAGAACGAACGAAAGGAAGCGAGAAGCGAACGACACCGAACGGGACCCCCAGAAGCCCAGAAGGGACACGCGGGCGCAAAGGAAAGAAAAACCCGAACGGACCCCCAGAAGCCCGACGAGGACACAGAAGAACGAGAACGAAAGAGAAGGGCAGAAAAGAACCCAAGAACGAAGAACAGCAAACCAGAACCGCAACCCGAAGGAGGAGAAGCGGACAGGACGGAGGCCGGACCGCGAACCGGAGGCGCACAAGAAAGAGCCAAGGAAGCAAGCACAAAGAGCAAGGAGAGGAGGCCGGAACGCGAACCGGAGGCGCGAGAGAAGGAGCGGGAAAGAGAGGCCGGACCGGAAACCGGAGGCGCGAGAGAAGGAGCGGGGCAAGAGAGGCCGGACCGGAAACCGGAGGCGCGAGAAAGGGGCCAAGGGAGCGGCGGAAAGAGGCGCAAGCGAGCCAACGCAGAAAGGGCCAGGGAACCCGGCCACACGAGCCAAGCAAGGGAAGGCCGGGGAACCAAAGCGAAAAGCAAAGGCAAACGCGAAGGAGAACGAGGGGCGCCGAGGGAACGCGGGAAGCCGGAACAGCGGGGAAAAGAAGGAGAACGAAAGGCGGAGCAAGCGGAGGCCGAACGAAGGCCCAAACGAGCAGACGCAAGGCGGCGAACCAGGCGACAGGGAGCGAAGCCGGCCGAGCGACGGCGGGGCAAAACGAAGGCCGAGGGGAGCCGAAGAAGGGAGGGCGAAGGCAAGCCCGAGGCAAACCGAAACGAAGGCCCAACAGGCGGCAAAGAAACAAGAAGGAAGCAGGCAAGCACGCCACAGAGCGAGGAGGGCCGGGAAGAACACAAAGCAGGCGCACAGGGACCCGAGAAGGCCCGAAAGAGGCCGAAAACAGGAGGGCGGAACACCGAGGCAAGAGGCAAGAACGACCCAACCCAAAGCCCAACGAAGCAACAGGCAGGCACAGGCGCGAGCGCAAGCGAAGAGAGGGAAAACCGGAGCCGACCGGGAGGCCGAGCACACGCGCGCCAAAAGCACGGGCGGAGCGGGCCCGGCGAACGGCCGCGAAACGCGGCCCCGCGAGCAAAAAGAGGAGCACAACGGGAAGACGGGCGGGGAGACACCAAAAGCACAACAAACGGAGACGGGGCAAGGGGGGAGGCAAAACGGAAGCGGGGGACCCGCGCAGGAAAGGCGAAAGGAACCCCAAAAGGGGGCCGAACCAGGGCCCCCAGCGCAGGGCCCAAAAGGGGACACAAGGCGGGGCGCGGGAACAACACAAGAGCAACAAGCAACGAAAACCCAAGGGGCGCAAAAAAGGAGAAAGGGGACAGCAGCGAAGGCAGCGGGGGACCAAAAACGGGCGAGCGACAGGAAAAGCGAACAACACCACAAGGGGCGCCGCGAAAAACCACGCAAGAGAGCCGCAAAAAGCACCAAAAGCGGAGCGAAAAGGGCGAAGAAAACAAGGCGAAAAAGGGCCAAAAGCAAGCGCACAAAAAGGGGGGGCAGCAGGGGGGGCGAAAGGACCGCAAACGGGGACGCCAAAGCACGAGCCGAGCGCACCAACACGGGGCCGCGAAAAAGCGCACAACGGAGCCGGGGGGAGCACCCAAAGCGGGGAGAGAGGAGAGAGAGAGGAGGGGGGAAGGGGGGAAAGGGGCGGAGGGGCGGCAAGGAGGGCAGAAAGCGGCAAGGGCCAAAACGGAAAACGCCGACGGGGGGCGCCGACGCGGGCGGAACCCCGGGCACGCAAACGAGAGAGGCAACCAGACCAAAGGCGAGAGGCCAGACGCAACGCGCAGGCAAAGGCCAGCAGAGGGCAGGGCGAGAAAAAGGGGGCCCACGGCCAAAAGCCGGGGAAGGCAAAAACCCACAAAAGGGCGCGGAAGAGAGCGAAAACCGCCAGACACAAAAGAAGGGCAAGCGAGACCAAACGCGACAGGCCGGAGCGAACCACGCGGACGAAGGCGCAGCGAGCGCGGGGACGCAAAGGGGACCAAAGGCAAACGGAGCGGAAAGGAAAGGGAAAACGCCGAAGCGCACCGACGCACACGGAAAACCGCGGGAGGCAGGGCGACCAGGCGACGAGCCGAAAAGGACCCGGCCGGGAGCGGAGGAAAGCG